AUGUCGGGUAAUCUGCAACCCCUGGAACGCAGCACAAGCUACGACUUACUGCCACCUUCCAUGUGUGAGCUGAGGGUUGUUCUGCUGGGGAACAGCUGGUCUCAGAGGAGUUCAGUGGGGAACUUCAUACUGGGAGAGACUAAGUUCAACACUGAAGAAGAACCAGACUGCUGUCUGAAAGAAAGAAGACAGAUAAAGGAAAAAGAAAUAGUUCUGAUCAACACUCCAGAUCUGCUGCAUCCCAACAUCUCUGGAAACAAACUGUCAGAACAUGUAGAAAACUGUGUGAGACUCUCUGAUGCUGGACCUCAUGUGUUCCUGCUGGUUCUACAGCCUGAAGACUUCACUGAGGAACACAAACUGAGACUCUGCAGAGUCCUGAAACUCUUCAGUGAUCAAUCAUUUGAUCAUUCAUUGAUACUGAUAUCAACACCCAGAGAGGAGAGCUCAGGUUUCAAAGAUGAACCAGACCAGCCCUUAAAAGACAUGAUCAGUAUGUGUAGAUACAGAUACCUGAAGCAGAAGAACCUUGAACGUCCAGAGCUGUUAACACGAUUGGGUCAAACUGCAAAGGAGAACAAUGGAGAGCAUGUGAGCUGUGAUGUGUAUAAGGAUGCAUCAAAGUCCAAACCCAUCAGACCAAAGUCUGAACCCAUCAGAGCAGCUUUAAACCUGGUCCUGUGUGGGAGGAGAGGAGCAGGGAAGACUUCAGCAGCCAAGGCCAUUUUAGGUCAGACAGAGCUUCAUUCAGUCUCCAGCUCAUCAGAGUGUGUUAAACAUCAGGGAGAGGUGUGUGGACGUUGGGUUUCCCUGGUGGAGCUGCCUGCCUUGUAUGGAAAACCUCAGGAGGCAGUGAUGGAGGAAUCAUUCAGGUGUAUCUCCCUCUGUGAUCCUGAGGGCGUCCAUGCCUUCAUCCUGGUCCUACCUGUGGGUCCCCUCACUGAUGAAGACAAGGGAGAGUUAGAGACCAUCAGGAACACAUUCAGCUCUCGAGUCAAUGACUUCACCUUGAUCCUGUUCACUGUGGAGUCAGAUCCUACAGCUCCAGCUGUUGUUAACUUUAUAAAGGAGAACAGAGACAUCCAGGAGCUCUGUCAGAGCUGUGGAGGAAGAUAUGUUGUUCUCAACAUCAAGGACCAGCAGCAGAUCCCAGAGCUGUUGGAUGCUGUGGAAGAGAUGAUGGCUGAAGGAUCCACAUGCUUCACAAAGGACACGUUCACCAAGGCUCAGCUGGAGAAUGUUUCAAGACUUCAAGCUGAACUGCGGGAUCUCAAACAGAAAAGGGAGAUGAGCAAAGAGUGUCUGAGGAUGGUGCUGAUUGGGCGAACUGGCAAUGGGAAGAGUGCAACUGGAAACACCAUUUUGGGCAAAGAACAUUUUAAAUCUAAAGUCAGCUUAUGUUCAGUGACCAAGUGUUGUCAGAAAGCAUCAGGAGAGAUAGAUGGACAGCCGGUUGUCAUAGUCGACACCCCCGGCCUGUUUGAUACGACUCUGUCCAAUGACGAUGUUCAACAGGAGCUUGUAAAAUGCAUCAGCAUGUUGUCUCCUGGACCUCACGUGUUCUUACUAGUGCUGCAGAUCGGCCGCUUUACAAAAGAGGAGAAAGACUCUGUGGAACUGAUCAAGACAUGCUUCGGCAAGAAUUCACAAGAAUUCAUCAUCAUCAUCUUCACCAAAGGAGAUGAUCUGAAAGAUCAAACAAUUGAGAAUUACCUAGAAGAAGACCCUGCUGGCUUUUUGAAAAGACUGAUAAACGACUGUGGAGGAAGAUACCAGGUCUUCAAUAACAAAGAUCAGACAGAGCGCACACAAGUCAGAGAGCUGAUGAAGAAGAGCAACAAAAUGAUGACGGAAAAUGGCGGCAAAUGUUUCAUGUCAGAGAUGUUCCAAGAGGCAGAGAAAGCCAUAAAGGAGGAAGUGGAGAGAAUCCUGAAGGAGAAGGAAGAAGAGAUACAGAAACAGAAGAAGGAGCUUCAGAGAAAACAUGAGGAGGAAAUGGAGGCAAUGAAGAGAAGAAUGGAACAACAGAAAGCAGACAUUGAAAAGGAGAGACAACUGAGAGAUAAACUACUCAAAGAAAUGGAGGAAAACAUCAACAAGGAGCGUGAGGAGAGAAAGAAAGAACAGGAAAUGAGGGAAGACGAGGACAGGAAGAGGAAGGCGCAGGAAGACAGUCAACAACAGGACUGGGAACAAAAACUUGCAGUUAUGGAGGAAAAAAUAAAGUCAGAAUCAGCGGAAAAGAAAACCACUGACAGAGAGUUUGAGAAAAGUAGAGAAGAGAUGAGAAAACAACGAGAGGAGUGGGAGAAGGAAAGAGAUGAAUGGUGGAAGAAACGAUAUCAAGAAAAUGAACAGAAACAACAAGAGGAGCAAUCAAGACUUAGAAGGCUACAAGAAGAAUACAAGCAGCAAAGAGAAAAUUAUGAGAAGAAAAGAAGAGAAGAAGAUCAAAUCAGAAGAGAACAAGAGGAGAAGGAGAGAAAAGAAUUAGAGGAAAACUAUAGGACACAAAUCAGAGGAAUGAAGAGGAAGUAUGAAGAGGAGGCCAGAAAACAAGCUGAAGAAUUCAAUGAGUUCAGACAGAAAUACACAAAGGACUUUACAGCACUGGUAGAGAAGCACAUGGAGGAAAUACAGGAACUGAAGAAAAGGCAUGAGCGACAGAUGUGGGAGAAAGAAGAGAGCCAUGACAAAGAGUACAGUCUGUUACAAAACCUCUCAAGUCACAAAGAAAAAGCUCUGAAAGAAGAAACAGAAACCUUGAAGACAAAGCAUGAGCAAGAAAUAAAUGAACUAAAACAGAAAUACAAAAACAAAUGUAUCAUCGCCUGA